AUGUCUUCCAACAAGAGAAGGUUUAUGAGAACCCUAUUCAAAGCAAAUGGAGGAUGUGGAUGUAGCAAACCUAAGCCCUCUGACGUACACCAACCCUCCCCAAAACACGCAAUCCCAAUUGACCAAAACACAAGCCCUAGCAGCAUCAAUUCAUCCACUACUUCCGACGACGACCAACUCUUCACUCCCACCACCAUCUCCCAACGCGACACAAACCAUCAAAACGCCAACAAGAGCAUGCCAAACCCAAACCCAAAGCUCGUUGACAGUGUGGCCGUUGAGAAGGAAUCAAACGAUCCGUACAAGGAUUUUCGACACUCCAUGCUCCAAAUGAUCUUCGAGAGAGAGAUCUACACGAAAUCGGAUCUUCAACAACUUCUCGAAUGCUUCCUCCGUCUUAACGCCGCCUGCCACCACCAAGUCAUCGUUCAAGCCUUCGUCGAGAUCUGCGAAGAAGCAUUCCCGAAGAAGAAUAUCAACGGCGGCGGCGGCGGCGGUGGUGCGUGCUCCUAA